AUGUUGUACAUGCAGAAUUCUAUCGGUCAACUGGAUAUAAGUGGUCAAGGGGACGAAUGCGAAAGUCCCACCGACCUACCUACUUUAUCUACAGUCGACGGUACUAUUCGAGCAAGCUCUAGUGUCAGCAACAGCAGCCCCGAUGAUUCAACAGAGUCUCCGGACUGGAACGACACAGAACAGUUUCCUCCAGAGCUCAACUUCCACCAACCACGCAUGUCGUUCAACUUCCUUGUAGAUACAGCCAUGGAUACACUUCCGAAAGUUGAGGAGUUGGAGGAGCAUGAUAUACAGAGUAUCAAAUCAGCUGAAGUGGGGGCUCAACCAGACAAUCUGGCGGGUGCUCCCGAGAUGGUUCCACGGAAACGUGGUCGUCCUCGCAAACACCCGCUGCCUGCGUCUGGAUGUCAAAUCAAAGCUACAAAGGGUCGCUCUAAGACCGGCUGUAUAACCUGUCGGCGUCGUAAGAAAAAAUGCGAUGAGACAAAACCGGCCUGUCUCAACUGUCAAAAAAAUGCCGUUGUAUGUGAGGGCUAUCCUCCCAAGGAAAUCUGGAAGAGUGGGCGACAGAAAAUGGCUGAUGCUGCCAGAACCCAGUCCCUUGCAUCAGUACCUCGCAGCCUUCCGGUGCUCAUCGACGGGAUUGAAACAGAACUAGAUCGACGCUUCCUCGACCACUUCGUAUAUGGGUUCAGUCGUGUUUUGACUCUGAUCAAUGACGACUCGAAUCCAUUCAAGGAAAUCUUGCUACCCAUGGCUACCCAGCACCGGGGCCUGAUGCAUUCACUGAUGUGCCUAUCAGGCUCACAUUUAUCCGGUCUGGAUCCAGAUGAAAAACUGAAGGACCGAAAAUACUUCCACUUCCACCGCGCCAUCCAGGACCUGAAGGAUAACAUCGUCCAGUCAUCCUCGACAGCAGCGGCACGAGGGGGGCUAAUAGAUGAUGAAGAGCAACUGCUGGUGGAAGACCCUAUUAUUGCAUCAACGAUAGCGCUCAGCUUGAACACCAUCUGCGAGGGCGAAACAAACGGGGAGUAUCGACCGCACAUGGAUGCUGCCCGAUACCUCCUGAUAUCGCAGCAGCCUCGCAAUGAAAAGUUCCGACAAUUCAUCGUCGAAUUCUUCCAGUACCACGACGUUUCUAACGCUCUCACCUCUCUGGACCGACGACCCGCUCUUCUCCAAGAGGGCAUGCGGUUGCCCGCCUUCAUGCCCCUUGCACCGGCAGGCAUGUUUGUCGGGGUCUUCGAUGGACUCUUCAACUACAUCUCCCAAAUCACUCAGCUCCGUGACCGCAUCCGCCAGCGACACGACCAGGGCUAUGAGCCAGCUGUGGACUACCAGACCCUAAGUGAGUCAGUCCAGAUCGACACUGCCAUCCGAGCAUGGAAAGCCUCUCAUGAGCCAGAUUCAGCGAACUGGUGCUUGGCUCAACUGUACCGACAGUCUACAUGGGUAUAUCUAUACCGUACCAUUCGACCCUCUCGCCCCAGCGACAAGAUUGCUAUGGUCGUCGACGAUGGCCUAGCAUAUCUAGACCGGCUACCGCAGGAUGCUAGCGCAUACAGUAUUGUCCUGAUGCCACUGUUUCUUUUAGGCUGUUCUUCCUUCCUACAAGAACAGCGGGAUCGUGUUCGGCGAGGGUUUGAGUCCCUCAAAGCAUACUCAAACCUGCGCAAUAUUGAGCCGGCCUUUAAGGUGGUUGCAAAAGUUUGGGAGACCAUGGACACCAACUUAGAGGACAGUUGGGAUUGGGAGAGGAUUAUUCAGGGUAUGAAGAUGGACUUCCUAAUCACUUGA